AGUAAUAUAAUAAUACAAAAGCUUGCAAGCUUUUCUUGCAGAGCAAGUCACAAGCAACAACAAAAAAAAGGUUAGAAACCUUUAUGAAUCUUGAUUUGGAACCACAACGCAAAGUCUCAAUCUUUACACUCAAUCCAUCUCCUUUGAUCAAAAAUGGAGAAUCUUGAUGUGUCCAAGUAUACACACAGCUCUGUACACAGAGCAGUUGCGUCAAGAGACUACGCCACUCUCAGAUCAAUACUCUCUUCUCUCCCAACCCCACGAGACCCUUCCAAGAUUCACUCCGAAGCAGCUUCAUUAGCCGAGGAAGCCAAAUCCGACGCCGUUUCCGCCCUCAUCGACAGAAGAGACGUGCCGAGCCGCGACACGCCGCUCCACUUAGCUGUGAAGCUCCGUGACUCAACAUCAGCCGAGAUGCUGAUGGCGGCUGGAGCUGACUGGACUCUGCAGAACGAAGACGGAUGGAACGCGUUGCAAGAAGCUGUCUGCAGCAGACAAGAGUCGAUAGCGAUGAUCAUAGUUAGGCACUAUCAGCCUCUAGCUUGGGCUAAGUGGUGUAGGAGGCUGCCACGUCUGAUAGCAACGAUGAGAGAGAUGAAAGAUUUCUACUUGGAGAUGAGUUUCCACUUCGAGAGCUCUGUUGUGCCCUUUGUUUCCAAGGUUGCUCCUUCUGAUACUUACAAGGUGUGGAAAGUGGGUUCGAAUCUGAGAGCUGAUAUGACUAUGGCUGGGUUUGAUGGUUUCAAGAUUCAGAGGUCUGACCAGAGCAUACUGUUUCUUGGUGAUGGGUCUGAAGAUGGUAAAGUGCCACGUGGGUCGCUCUACAUGGUAAACCAUAAGGAUAAAGAAGUGAUGAAUACGUUGGAUGGUGCAUGUGGUUUUCCUUCGGAUGAAGAUGUUAGGAAAGAAGUGGCUUCCAUGUGUAAGAGCAGUAUCUUUAGACCCGGGAUCGAUGUGACGGGUGCGGUUUUAAACCCGCAGUUGAAUUGGAGGAGGCAGGAGAAGAGUGAGAUGGUUGGUCCUUGGAAAGCUAAGGUGUAUGAGAUGAACAAUGUGGUUGUUAGCAUUAAGUCUAGAAAGGUUCCUGGUUCAUCGGUUGAUAAAGAUGAUGAUGAUCAUCAUUGCGAUGUGCUAACUGAUGAAGAGAAGAAGCAACUAGAGGCUGCUCUUAAGCUGGACUUACCAGAGUUCCCUAAUGUUGAUUUGAGUCCGUCUCACAAGAAACAGGAGAAGAAAGGGUGGUUAGGAGGCUGGAGAAGAAAACAUGAGAAGGAAAUCAAGUAUGAGCCUCCGAGAAGUUCUCUUUGUGUGAAUGAGAAAGUAAGUAAUCUUCUAGGAGACUGUGAUAAUCAGAUAAAACCAGGAAGACACUCGGUAGAUAAUGAGCUUACUAGGAAGCCAAGAGUAUCAUCAUCAGUCUUGAGUAAGACUCUCCAGGAGAGUGAAUACAAGAAAGGUUUACGUCCUGUUCUCUGGCUAUCUCCAAACUUUCCAUUACAAACAGAGGAGCUGCUUCCUUUGCUUGACAUACUUGCAAACAAAGUCAAGGCAAUUCGUCGUCUUAGAGAGCUUCUUACUACAAAGCUACCCACAGGAACAUUUCCAGUCAAGGUUGCUAUUCCAGUGGUACCGACGAUAAAAGUGCUUGUUACUUUCACAAAGUUUGAAGAGAUUGAUCCUGCAGAUGAGUUUGAGACGCCUGCUUCUAGCCCCACUGCUUCUUCUGGCUAUCAGAGUCCAGCUGCUUCAACCAACUCAAGGUCCUCCUCGUGGUUUCGUAGAGCCAGAUCAAACAAAGAUGGUUUAAGCAGUAAGUCCCAGGCUUUACAAGACCCAUUUGCUAUCCCAGCAGGGUAUACUUGGGUGAGUGUUGAAUCAAAGAAAAAGAAACCGAGAAAGGGUAAAAAGGCAGAGCAAGUUAGCUGAAGUCACUCCCAAGUCUUGAAACACUAACUUACACAGAUUGUGAGAUGAAAAGACAAUGAAGAGAAAUGGUUAUGAUAUUUGGAUUGAAGCUGACUCACUUGCAAUCUUCAAAGAGAAAAGCAUCAUAUUCUGAUCAUGGGAAUGCGAUUUGAUUCUUUGUUCAUCAUUCUUUUGUAACAUAAGUUUGGGAUCCUUUUUUUUUGUUCAAGUGUGACGUAAAAACAAUUCAUUCUGCUUCUUUUGCAUAUGUUUCCAUUUUGCUAAAGAAGGUAGUUUGGACAGUCUUCAUUGUUUUAUUAGCUAACCAUAUCUGCAUAUUUGUUAUAUGGUCACCUUGUAAAUGACAUAUCUACUAAUAAUAGGAAUCCUAAUUAAUUUCAAAGGGUGUGAAUUCUAUUUAA